AGUAAAUAUAAAAGGAAAGCUGACAGAGAGAAAACAUAUUGAUAAUGUUUUCGAUUCUACUGAUAGCAUUUGUUGCGGCAUCGCUCGGCAAGAAAGAGGAAGGACAGCGCAUUGCGUUUCUCGCCAUGACUCCACCGGAAAAGUCUACGGACAUAUGCGCCACGUUUCACUUACUGUCCGGGGAUAAUACAAGUUACAUAUUCGAGUUCAAAUUCCUAUUCAGCGAUCUUUCCUUCACCGCCUCAGUCUCGGUGAAUGAAAGCAUAAGGUGGGAAUUCGAGCACGGGAAUCUGUUGCUCGAAAUAAUACGACUGAAACCGCACGGAUUUCUUCUAUCUUUCGGCUAUCCGCGCCAUUUGCUCAGCCGCAAAGAUGUCUUUGUAGAAACAGAGACGGAGAUGAAUUCUAUCUACGAGACGAGGUGGAUAUUCAACAGACUUGGCACGUCUCCCGGUGAAUGGAUGAGGGUGAUGGCGGUCUCGGUUGCCGGGGAAGAAAUAAGCCUGAAGAUAGGAAAUGGUGACGAACAAACUCUCAACUCCACAAGGAAGACGAACGUCAAUGUCGGCCUUGAAAUAAAAGAAUCCCUACAG